UCAUGGUAGUGUGUAAACAGUGAAGGAUAGAGGGUGUUGGAAUGGCAAUUCCUAUAUUGAGGACUGCAAUGAUGAUUUCUCAAUCUCAACCACUUAUUCAAUAUUCUAUAUCUGCUGUUGAUGAAAUUGCCAAGAGGAGGAAAAGGAUAGUGUUCUCUUCUUCUCAUUCUUCAGAACUUAACCCUGUAAUUAGGUCAUCGGAGGUAUCAUUUUCUGUUGGGACUUGCCUUAUUCCACAUCCAAAAAAGGUUGAGAAAGGUGGGGAAGAUGCUUUCUUUGUGAGCAACUAUAAUGGAGGAGUUAUUGCUGUUGCUGAUGGUGUUUCUGGUUGGGCUGAAGAGGAUGUAGAUCCUUCAUUAUUCCCGCGCGAAUUUAUGGCUAAUGCCUACAAUUUUGUAGGAGAUGAGGAGCAGGUGAAUAAUGAUCCUCAAAUUCUUAUGAGGAAAGCACAUGCUGCUACUUUCUCUACAGGCUCAGCUACUGUCAUCAUUGCUAUGUUGGAAAAGAAUGGGAAUCUGAAGAUAGCUAAUGUUGGUGAUUGUGGGUUAAGAGUUAUCCGUAAUGGUAAUGUAACUUUUUCUACUUCUCCACAAGAACAUUACUUUGACUGUCCAUUCCAACUGAGCUCUGAGAGGGUUGGUCAAACAUACCUUGAUGCAAUGGUUAGUAAUGUGGAGUUGAUCGAAGGAGACAUAAUCGUCAUGGGAUCUGAUGGGCUCUAUGAUAAUGUUUUUGACCAUGAAAUUGCCCUAACCGUCGGUCGAUACAAAGAUGUUUCUGAUGCUGCAAAGGCAUUAGCUAACUUGGCAAGCAGUCAUGCAAUGGAUUCAAAAUUUGAUUCUCCCUAUUCAUUGGAAGCCAGAUCCAAGGGAUUUGAAGCUCCGCUGUGGAAGAAAAUUCUUGGAAUGAAGCUGACAGGUGGAAAACUUGAUGAUAUUACUGUAAUUGUUGGUCAGGUUGUAAGUUCAUGAGAUGAUGCAUAAAGAAAACAAGGUCUUGAUUGAUGAGAUCACCAGAGCAAGAGUUUCCUCAAGUACAUCGCGCCUAUAAAUUUUGGUGAUGCUGUUAGACAAAAGUUAUUAAUUUUUCUUCACGAAAUACUCCUAUGUAUGCAUAGGGAAAAGGAGCUGUAUAAUAUAUUCAUUGUAAGUUUUUUUUGUUUUGUUUAUGAAAUAUUGUACAUAAAACUUGUCUUUGAUACACACUCAACUGUGAUACAUAACAUGAGAAUAAAGAGAUAAGAGUCGCAUGAAUGAAUACCAUUGUAGAAACUUUUGAUUGAUAUAUGUAAAUGGUGGGUGAUUUGAAGUAA